CUCCUCCUGCUUGUGCGACUUUGUUGCUCUCGUGCCCCGCUAGUCCGUCCGGGGUAGCCGAAGAACAACUCGACAAAGUCCCAACUAUGGAAGGCGACAACAUAAUAAUGCCUGUUUGACUCGGGGAAAUUUUCCAAGAUGCCAGGCCUUUUGUCCAGUCCUGUGUGUCUGACAGUCAUCUGGUUUUUAUCUUGGUCGCUGCGUCCCAGUCAUGCUCAGAUUCAGACUGAUGAAGCGUCAGGCGUGCAGUAUGCGCACUUGGAGUCAAAUGUGACAAUGGCAUGCGGGAAGUCACAAAUAAGGACACCGGUAGUGUGGCACCUCAACAGCAGCUCAGUGUUGCCAUGGCACAAAGUGACAUCAGAUGGAACCUUAGUCCUGCUGUACGUCGACCACUCGGCGCAGGGCAACUACAGCUGCCAUGACGACCGCGGGCUCCUCCUCCACUCUGUCAAACUCAGACUGGGCCACCCCCCUGGGCUGCUGAGCAUUUCCUGUCAAGUGCCCAAUCAUACGCAUGUUCGCUGCUCCUGGGUGGAAUCAGUAAAGACCUUCCUGCCAGCCAAGUACAGUGCCUCCUUCAGGGGGAAUGGUAAAGAGUGGAGGCCAUGUGUUGUGGAUGUCAUCCGCAAGCACUGUGAUGUAGAUCAUCCUUUCUUCUGGACAACCAUCCAUACCCUGAGAGUCACAGAGACCAACGCUCUUGGAUCUGAAACAACAUCCGUCCGGAUAAGGUUAAACGAGCUAUUGAAACCAGACCCUCCAGAGUCCCUGUUGGUGGAGACGCUAGAAGGCUAUCCAAAGAGGCUGGUGGUCUCAUGGAACAUUCCCUCUUCCUGGCCGCUGCAUGAUGCGUUCCCUCUGAUGUUUCAGAUCAGAUACAGGCCACAGGGCUCCAUAUACUGGUCAGAGGUUUACUCCGAGCACAGUCCAGUCGUGAUAUUUGACGCCCUGGCCGGUCACCUCCACCAAUUUCAGAUUCGAGUCCGUGACGAGGUGAAUUCUGAGAGCCAAUGGAGUGACUGGACGCCCGUGUUUCUCAUCAGGCCUUGGGAAGUCUCAUCUACCCCAGAAUCUACAGAGGACAGAUUUGCUGACUAUUUUUUUCCCUUCAACACAAAACCUGAAACCUCCACUGCAAAGUCACACAACUCUGUACAUCCUGAGGAUGAAGGUAAUUUGGGUUUGGUGAUUCUGUUGGUUUUGUUCUCCGUGGUCAUCCUCACCACCGUCCUUUCCCUCAUCUUUGUCCUGUGGGUGAGACAGAGGCGGCGCAAUCAUGUGACCAAACAGGAACUCACCUCUAUGGUCAAGAUGAAGUCCAUGCCAAUCUAAUGUUAAUUUCAAGCAUCUUCUCCGUGUCAGCCCGUUCUAGGGCUCCUCUCAAGAGUCAGCCUCUGCCUUUACCACUGUAACAAGCUGGUGUUCCGUAUUAAACUACAUUAACCAGAAUGCAUCAGCCAGGGUCCAACCAGGAUCCAGGACAGGGAUGAACCCAUACAAGGAACUUUGCGAAGUGAAAGCUGAUUGAAGGGUAUGUUUUGCAAGAUUUCCAUGGACAUAUUCAGUGGUCACAUCUAACUGCACUACCCAUAAUGCAUCAGGAGAAUCCACCUACUGUCCAUGAGGACAGGGGAAACAGACCCUACUCUGUUUCUUUAUGGUCACUGCAGUUCACUCAGGAAAGGACUGUAGGAGCUACACUGUGUCAGGACAUUUGAGUUCACUCACACACAAUGCUGCUUCAAGUGGACUGACUCCUCACCCGUUUUGGAGAGGAGCGACAUUUUUCAAUCUUUCAAGCAACAAGUAAGGACAGGAAGUGCAGCUACCAAACAGGAGAACAUACACUUUUCUUUUGUGGGAAGGGGAAGAUUUCUUUCUCACAGAUCUCCUCACGUUCUUACAUUUUCUUUGAGAUUCAUCGUGAGAAGUAACAGAUUAUUGUGCGUCCGUUAUUACAUCGACCGACUCAAUGCUGUGAAGGAAGCAUAACUGCCAGUCUCUGUGUGUGCAUCUGAUGCCAAAGCAUUAACUCCGGGCAUUAAUGGUCUCAGCUGAGGGUCAGGAGGCUCCUGACCUGAGGGGGGGACAUAGAGAAUAAGGUCUAUUUCAUUUAUGACAAGUGAUUUUAUGUUGCAUGAUAUGUUUGUUUUGUUGCCUGAUGUCUUUAGCAAGGUGUUCUUUUGUUAUACCUGUCUAUCCAUCCAUCCACUGUUACUGAAUGUGUGUGAAUGAAAGACACACAUCUGGGUGAGAGAGAUAAGAAAAUACAUUCUGGCCUUUCACAAAGCACCAGCAUUUCUUACAGUGCGUAGAUACUUGGUUAGAAUUUACAAUACAACCCCGUAUAACUUCUUUCUCAAUGUAUGUUACGAAAAGGUUAUCGAUUUAAAGGUAGAAACACAUGAUAACAAGCCGGUUCAUUUAUACGACGGGAAACUAGUAUUAAGCACUUUGUUUCGUGUCAAAGUAAUUUGAGUAAUAAUCAUCUUACCUAAAAGUCCUUUGGGAAACUGCUGAAGAGGUUGUGAAGAUAGUGUGUCUCCUGGAGACUGUAGGUGUACAUCAAAUGGGAAUGAAAAUGGAGGCAGAAAGCUUACUAGUGCAAAACUCACAGCUAACUUUUUCUUUCUUUUCUUUUCACAUGGUGAGUGGGCUCUCACAGUCACUGCUACCAUCUCCACUUAAAAUAAAUAGUGUGGUCAGUUAAUAUGAAAACAUUGAGUAGCAAUUGUUAUUGUACACCACAUUAAAUAACAGAGACACAGUGUGCACCAGUAAGCUUACAGAAGUGAAUUAGAAUUGCCGGCUUCAACAACUGGUCAGUUGUGUCAUGAAAGCUGAGUUUACAUAGCCGAGUCAGAGCGUGUUGGUCGGUGGGUGUGAGCAUGAGAUGAUGAACUGACAAGAGCGUCUCUCGCUCACUGUACUCGUGUGUCACGUCCCACCAACUCCAGGUAAAUUAAGGAUCUCUGGGUGGCCAGCGCUCACCGCAUGAAAAGACCCCAAUACCUCUAGUACAGUAAACCUGGUUUAAUCUUGCAUUUGAAAUCUACAAGCCUUGUGUUCUGUCUGCAGCAGAUGGAGGUGACGGCUUUACCGCUCGCAUCCAAAAACAUUUUCUUGCAUUGUCUUUAUGUUGGUCUGGUGGUGAUCCAAAGCUGUGCAGUUAUUAAACUUUUGAUUAAUUGACUGACAGAAACACAAGGUGCAUCUGAGUCAAACUUUUUCCAGUUUGACAACUGCAAGCUAGCUCCACAUAUUAUGCAUGGAUCCAGUUGAAGCUUUUCUUUUUGUAUAUUAUUGUAUAUCACACAUUUCAUAUAUGUCAUUAUAAAUGAUGUUUAUAUGUAGAAAAAUAAAAAAAUAUUAUCAGGGAAUGUUUCACAGACAUGGUUUAACUCAGUCUUGUGUUCAUUUGUAACAGACUAAUUAGCCGUUAAUCGACUCUCAGUCAACCGGUUUAAACCCGUUAGUCAAAAUAAGCAUUUUAUUUAAUUGGAAAAUAAUCUAAAAUAAAAUGAUUUUUCUUACAAGAAAUAUAAUCGGAACAAAUGGCAAUAAAUAUCUAGUCAAUACUCAAAUUAUAUCACUUUUGAGGUUGGAAUAGCAAAACAUCAUGUAAAAAUCCCAAAAGUGACUGAAGGGAGAUUCCCACAGGAAACUAUUACCAGUGAGUGACUGAGGAUAGUCCAUGUCUGCAGAACCUUCCCAACAUUGUGCUUUUGUGUCUUUCUCCCCAGUUAUAUGAAGCUGUGUUACUGUACGAUUACUGUAUGGACAAUGUGUUUACUCAACUCGUCUUCAUCCGACUCGCUUUACUUUCAUUAAUUUCUUUGCAGUUGGAUGAAGAAAAUAAUUUUCUUUUUGUUCAGACUUUUCCUGUGGCAGCGUUAACAAAUAAGGUCAACUGUUUCAUUUUUAAAUUAUUCAAAUUGUAUUUGACAGAGAACUGAUUUUUCACUUUCUGUUUAAAUCGGAGUAAGUGUAGAUAUCAGAGGUGUGCGCUACAAAAGGAUAAAGUAUAUGGACUUUAAGAGCUUGUGAAAACAAAAAAGAAAUCUCUUAAUGAAAUGUGAAAUCUAAAUUACAUCCGUAAUUCAUUCUUUUCAACUGGAUUUGGAAAUUGUUCCCUUGCAAUGGCAGUGUUAAAAAACAAAAAUCAUAAUGUUACCUCCAAAUAUUAAGUUGACAAUCAUUUCCUUCAAUUUCUUUUCUCAGUUCUAAUACCUGAAUAUUGAAUUCAAUGUUAAUGUGACCUUAAUCAAGACAUAAUUUCUCGGUUUCAUGGAUAAAAAUAAUAAUAAUUAUAAUCUGAACAGCAAAAUAAAAGUCAGAAAUAAAAAUGUUCAAAGAUUUUUGUAUGAUACAUUUUUCAAAGACACUUUAUAAACACUCCAUCAGACUGAAUUGUAUGUGGGCCAUGUGCAGUACUCUGUCCAUCCUGUAGUUGCGGUUCAAAAUGAUCUCUGUGGAUUGUAACGUUGGAUUGCCACCUUUCUGUUUUCUCUGAUUUUAUGGACACGUUUGUGGUUUUCUCAGUACUUCUAUGUUUCUCUGCCGUAUGUGAUGGCAGAUGGAGCCUGUUGGUUUUAGUUAUGAAACCUCAAUUACACUCAGGCAUCCAUUCUCAGAUGUACAGUCUAUUUUUUUUUUUUGCUUUAUGUGUUCUACAGAUAUCACCAUAAGCUGUUUAUUUUUUUUUCUUCCUGUCCUUGUAUAUGUCUGUGAAAUAAAUACUAUUUUAUCACA